CUCUUGACUCCCCCGCCAGAGAAGGAGAACCCUCCCGCGCGCUUUCGGAACGUCGGUGGCCCGGCUUCGGCUCUGCGCUCCAUCCUCCCAGCCAGCAGGUGCCCCCAGACCCCCGGCUCCUCCUCCGCCUCCGUCACAGCCUCGUCCUCCCCCUCUGGUUCCUCCGCUUCCUGUUCCCUCGAUCCGGGCCCGGAGCUGCGGGCGCCCGGGCGCCCGAGGCUUCCCGGUACGCUCCGCCAGGAUGGCAUUAGCUCUGUGUCUGCAGGUGCUGUGCAGCCUGUGUGGCUGGCUCUCGCUCUAUAUUUCUUUCUGCCACCUGAAUAAGCACCGAAGCUAUGAGUGGAGCUGCCGGCUGGUCACCUUCACCCAUGGAGUCCUCUCUAUAGGCCUCUCCGCUUAUAUUGGCUUCAUUGAUGGCCCAUGGCCUUUUACCCACCCAGGCUCACCCAAUACACCUCUCCAAGUUCAUGUCCUGUGUCUCACCUUGGGCUACUUCAUCUUCGACUUGGGCUGGUGCAUCUACUUCCAGUCUGAGGGUACCUUGAUGCUGGCUCAUCACACAUUAAGUAUCUUGGGCAUUAUCAUGGCCCUUGUGCUUGGGGAAUCUGGCACAGAGGUCAAUGCAGUCCUCUUUGGAAGUGAGCUUACCAAUCCCUUGCUGCAGAUGCGCUGGUUUCUCCGGGAAACAGGACACUAUCACAGUUUCACUGGAGAUGUAGUGGACUUCCUCUUUGUGGCUCUGUUCACAGGAGUGAGGAUUGGUGUAGGAGCUCGCCUCCUUUUCUGUGAAAUGGUCUCCCCCACACCUAAGUGGUUUGUGAAGGCUGGGGGAGUAGCGAUGUACGCUGUGUCUUGGUGUUUCAUGUUUAGCAUCUGGCGCUUUGCAUGGAGGAAGAGCAUCAAGAAGUACCAUGCUUGGAGAAGCAGGCGGAGUGAGGAACGGCAGCUGAAGCACAACAGACAUCUCAAAAUACACUAGCCAAGGCUUGCUCCAGAUUAGGGAUUGGGUUAAGUCAGCCAUGGGAACCAGGUUGGAAAUAUGACUGUUAUGGAAUUAUGCUUAUAACAAACUUAGGUUUCAAAAAAGGGCUAAAUUUAUUGAUCAAUUUGGUCAGUCUUCAAGCCGAGCAUAUAUCAGUAUUAAAACCCCAACUUCUACAGUGGCACAGUUGUAGAAAGUGAGAAUACUCCAUGGUAGUUGGGAAUAAGUCAGAACUGUGAAGUGAGUACAACUGGCAUUUGUUUUCAUUUGUGGUGACCCUGGGUCCUCCUGUCCCUGGGAGGUUUGAUGUUCAGGCAGUUUAGAAAGGAACUGAAAAAAGAUUAGUGCUAUUUCUUGUUUCUUUGAGAACUAACUCAAUAAACACUUAUUUCUGCUUUUCAUGUAUCUAUUUAUCUAAGUUUACCCCAUUUACUGUAAAGUGAGGGGCUUUCAGAAAGAGACAUGCCUUUGGGAUUCUGAACAUUAGAUCGGGGAAUUGGGCCGCUUAAACAGAGGGGCGUAGGAGGGCGAGAGUGAAACUGUGGCAGCAAAGAGGAGCGUUACUUACUGAACCACCUAUACCAACUGUGCCAGAGGUGCCCAAGACCACUGCCAGUUUCCAUAAUUCUCUAGGAGGACUCAGUGGACUCAGCAUAUAGUCUUACUCAUAGUUUUGAUUUAUUAUAGUGAAAAGAUUCAAAGAAAAAUCGGUAAAAGGAAAAGGCACCUGAGACAAAGUCUAGGGUAAAGCAAGCAUAAGUUUCCAGAGUUUCUCCCAAUGGAAUCACACAGGAUAUGCUUAGUUCCCCUAGCAGUGAUUUGUGAAAACGUGUGAAUGGGCUAUCUACUGGACAAGGUCAUUACAGACUCAGUGGCCAGGGUUUUUACUGAGGACAGGUCACCUAGGCAGUCUUUCCCUGGCAGAUAGCAAAAUUCAAGACUUUCAAAAGGAAAGCAGGUGUUCAGCAUAAGCCAUAUUGUUUGCAGAAACAGUUCAGACACAGUAAGCCAGUCUUAUCAGUUAAUGGUGGGAGCCCUUCCAAAAUCUGAGUUCCCAAAUGCCGGCCAGUGGCCAACCCUGUAAUCAGCCUCUCCAAGGAUAGCAGUUUAGGCCUGCUAUGUUAACUCAUUUCUGCACAAAACCUGUAGAGUUAGGGCUUUGGAUUUGAGAUGAAUGAAGUGUGGGUAGAUUUACUGAGUCCUGUUAUAUGAGUUCUGCCCUACCAGGAAAACUAUGCCAGUUCUCAGGGCUUUUGUGCAUUAAUCUCCUAGGCAUUUGAGGCUAUGACUAAAUUCCAUAGGGAUUUAUCAUGUGGAUUCCACUGUGCUUGAGAUGGCAGUUUAGAUUUCAGCUCUGCUGUACAUAUUGCAAACUAGAACCAAAGACUUUAAAGUGUGUACUGGCCUCAGGGGGAUGAGGUCAAUUUUUUUUUUUUUUUUCAUUUUAGAUACAUUCCCUUUUAGUACUCCUGCUUUUCUUAUUUUUAUAAAAUGGUACCACUCUAUUAAGAAACUAAUACAACAAGGCCAGUCUUAAAAGGAAAAAAAAAAAUAAUUCUUAGUGUGACAGUCUCCAAGAGAAGCAAGAAUAUAAGCUUAGAACAAGGGGUUAAGAAUCAAGAAUUCCUGGGUUCUUUUAACUAAUUUUGCUACUCACUUGCCAGAUCAUUUGGAUAGGUUACUUGUUUCUUCUUUGCCUGAGUUUAAACCUAUUGUGAAUGAAUGAAAUACCCUGUAGUAUAUUUCAUAGAGACAUUAUGUGGCAUUUUAUUAAUGGAGGUCUUUCUUGUAGGGCUUUUAUGAAAACAUGAAGUAUUUAUUUGUGUAUUUAUUGAUUAUUUAUUUUUACCAUGUUAUUUAAGUCAAUGGUGUUUGAUUAGCUCAGUGGGUGAGCAAGCAUAUGGUGCUACUGGAGGCAAGGCUGGUCAGUAGGAAGUGUCAGUUCAUUCCAUGGCCACUGGUAAUCUAACGUAAUGAGUGGUUUUUUUUUUUUUUUUUUUUUUUUAGAGAUGGAGUCUUGCUCUGUCGCCUGGGCUGGAGUGCAGUGGAGUCAUCUCGACUUACUGCAACCUUCGCCUUCUGGGUUCAAGUGAUUCUCCUGCCUCAGCCUCCCAAGUAGCUGGGACUACAGGCGUGUGCCAUCAUGCCUGGCUACUUUUUGUAUUUUUAGUAGAGACGGGGUUUCACCAUAUUGGCCAGGCUGGUGUCGAACUCCUGACUUCAUGACCUGCCCGCCUCAGCUUCCCAAAGUGCUGGGAUUACAGGUGUGAGCCACCAUGCUCAGCCAUGAGUGGUCUUGAAAAUGGAAAAUGGUCUUGGCCACAGAAACCAGGCAUGAGGGAGUGGUUGGAAUGGUGUAAAGUCAUCACUGUUCAGGAAACAGUAACUUUAAGUGCAUAUUAACAGUGCAUCUUUAAAAAUGAAUGUCAUUUGGUUAAAGAGUUUUGCUGGGCAUUGAGAUAAUCUGUCAGCAUCUCCACUUCCUGUUUUUUUUCUUAAUUUCCACUUUUUUUUUUCCUAUGAUGAGUGCCCCUAAAAUGCUGGUGAGCUUCUUUCCAACAAAAUUGCAGUCAAAGUAGGAUGCUGGGGAAUGCUGAUUUUAGCAAGACUCGUAGAAAAGAGUGGCUUGGCACAUGAGCUUAAAAAAACAGAAAAAAAGCUGGCUCUUGAAUUUUGGCACAGUGCAACCUGUUCCAUACCAGAUAAAUGAACAGGCUUAAUGUGGUACCAAUUCUUUUUCUCUCUUACUCCUCAGAAAUGAAGGGACUGCAGAUAUUGUUUUGGGAACACUUUCAUGGGACUGUAUGUAGAUUUUUUUGAAUGGUGAGAAAUCUGAAUAAUUGGUAAGGGGAAGGGAAUCCCUCAUUUCAGCUUUUCUUGAUGUUGUUACUAAUAACUAUGAAAAAACUUCUGAGAGAACAAUGUGAACUGAAGAUGACUCAGCAGUUAAGAUGAUGCUAAGUUUUGAAACCACAGGUAAAUGAAGGGCUAAUGAAUGUGUGGUGUACUCAGACAAAAUGAAGUACUCAUUUGCACUGGAUUACUAUGUAAUGAUAACGAACACUGUUCAAGAAGGAUUUAUAUUUCCAUAAGAUUUGUACUAAAUUUUAUAAAAGUAAAACAACUUUUUAUA